AUCCUCUCAGGGCCUACCUUGGAAGCUAGAUCUUCAGCAGGCCUCAAAUCAUGGCUGUAUCAAGAUUAAAGGACAUUUCUCUGUCAGUGGCAAGCCUUUUCCUUCUCACUUUUCAUCUCUCAGCAUCACAGAAUGCACCCGAAUAUCCUGAAACUGAGCAACAGCAAUGCGUCAGAAGAGAACACCCCACCAUUGCUUUUGAAGAUCUGAAACCCUGGGUAUCAAAUUUCACCUAUCCAGGUGUACACGACUUUUCGCAGCUCGCACUGGAUGCCAACAGGAAUCAGCUCAUUGUGGGAGCAAGGAACUACCUCUUCAGACUUAGUCUACGCAAUGUUUCUCUUAUCCAGGCAACAGAAUGGGGCUCAGAUGAAGACACUAGGAGGUCCUGUCAGAGUAAAGGAAAAACUGAGGAGGAAUGCCAGAACUAUGUGCGAGUGCUGAUUGUUUAUGGCAAGAAGGUUUUUACCUGCGGUACCAAUGCCUUCUCCCCAGUGUGUUCCAGUAGACAGGUAGGAAAUGUUAGUAAAACCAUUGACAAAAUAAAUGGAGUGGCUAGAUGCCCGUAUGACCCUCGGCACAACUCGACAGCUGUGAUUACGUCACGGGGAGAACUCUAUGCUGCGACUGUAAUUGAUUUCUCUGGACGGGAUCCUGCCAUUUACCGCAGCCUUGGAAAAGUUCCCCCACUUCGGACUGCACAAUACAACUCCAAAUGGCUUAAUGAGCCCAACUUUAUUGCUGCCUAUGACAUUGGUUUGUUCACGUACUUCUUUUUCCGUGAGAAUGCGGUGGAACAUGAUUGUGGGAAAACUGUCUAUUCUCGCGUGGCCAGAGUUUGCAAAAAUGACAUUGGGGGGAGAUUUUUGCUGGAGGACACGUGGACAACUUUUAUGAAGGCCAGGCUGAACUGCUCCCGCUCUGGAGAAAUCCCCUUCUAUUACAAUGAACUGCAAAGCACCUUCUAUCUUCCUGAGCAAGACCUGAUCUAUGGAGUCUUCACUACCAAUGUAAACAGUAUAGCUGCUUCAGCAGUAUGUGCCUUCAACCUCAGUGCCAUUACUCAGGCGUUUAAUGGCACUUUCCGAUACCAGGAGAAUCCAAGAUCAGCAUGGCUGCCAACAAUAAACCCCAUCCCUAAUUUUCAGUGUGGGACGCUGAAUGACAACAGCCCUAAUGAGAACCUGACCGAAAGGAUCCUGCAGGAUGCCCAGCGCUUGUUCCUGAUGAAUGACGUGGUUCAGCCAGUCUCCGUGGAUCCCUACGUGACUCAAGACAGCAUUCGAUUUUCCAAACUGGUGGUUGACAUUGUUCAAGGAAAGGAUACUCUUUACCACGUGAUGUAUAUUGGGACAGAGUAUGGCACCAUUUUGAAGGCACUUUCUACCACUAAUAGGAGCCUGAGGAGUUGUUAUUUAGAGGAAAUGCAUAUUCUUCCCAACGGUCAACAAGAACCAAUCAAGAGCCUCCAAAUCCUGCAUAGUGACAGGUCACUAUUUGUGGGUUUAAAUAAUGGAGUGCUAAAAAUUCCUCUGGAGAGGUGUUCAGUGUACAGAACAGAAGGGUAA